CCAGCAAGCUAGACAACUUUAGGCAGUUAGCAUGGGUGCUUGAUUGCGGUUGUGAGGUCAAAACUCUCGGAUCAAUCCCAAUUCUCCGCAGAGCGUCCAGUGUGCUCUGAAAAUACGAACAGACAUUUUAACAGCGCACUGAAUUUACGCACUCUGACACACUGGAGACAAUUUACGAACGCGCCCGAAAUCGCCUCAAUUGGGAUGAACCUCAUCGUAGCUAGACAACAAGCCGAACAGGAGGUAGCUACGGCAGGGGGUUCACAAAAACACCAGACGAACACCUAGCUAAUGGGAAUAGUACUGCUCUUGGUGACAGCCUUUCAUGUGUCUUUGUCACCCUGUGCCUUUCUGUUGAUAAAGGACAGUGGGACCAAGAGAUGUCUGCGCCGGGUUUUACGAGCCUGAAAACCUCUCUCGGUCACAGCUUGAAUUCAACGCCGAAUGGUGGAGCAGCACCCCCCUAUCAGAAUGGUCCAGGGGGGCAGACUUACCCAUCCACAUAUCCUUUGACGGGGUACUAUGGAGCCGGGCCUCAACAGCAGGGCAACCCAACCAUUCCAGGCCAGUGUGCCCCUGCCCCCCCAAAAGCUCCAAUCACGAACAUUGAUCACAGUGCUUACUGCCACCAGCAGCCGCUGCAGCCCACUGCUGCACCUACUGUAGCCCCCUCUGCAUACGGAGCAACCCAAGGCUCUCACCCUCCCUCUCUGCCCUAUGGCACCCCCACCACUCUUCCCACUUCCGCUACCCCUCCAAACUCCCAACAUGCACCUUCAUUCCAACAACCAGCCCCAUACGCACAGACUGGGGCCUACUAUGGACAGCAGCAGUACCCUACCUCCCAAACGCAACACCACCCCCAGCAGCCAAACUUGGUUUUGGCACCCCCCACCAGCCCAGGUGCUCCCCUGUAUCCCAUUGUCUCGUACCCCUCUGUUCCGGGAAGCAGCCAGUACGGUACAUUGCGUUCCUCCCAGGCUCCCACCGGCCCAGCAGCUGUUCCCAACCUGAUGGGCGCUCCCCUCCACCAGUACGCCCCAGGAAAUGACACCAGUCACCCAGCAUCUACUGCAGCGGUUCCCCCUGGGUAUAGCAUGGCUCCACCCGGCCAACCAGCCACAGUCAACGGCCAGGGUAAUGCAGACCCAGUCCUCCAGCAUUAUGACCAAAGUCACCAGGCACCCAUGACACAUGACCACUACAGAGGAGGAGUCAAACACAACACUGGGGGUGCUGACAGGGACAUGCCACCUUUAGGAAUCCCAUCCACUUCAGUUAAUUCCUCCCCAGGGCAUCAGCAAGGCAUGCACUACGGAUAUUUAGCCAAUAGUGGCGCUAGCUCUGCCAACGCCGCCGCCAACGUUGCCCCCUCGUCAUCCAGCUCUGAUGAGGAGGAGGAGGAGGAUGAGGAAGCAGGCGGGGAUAGUUCCUCAACCACCACCGGCAGUGCGUCCCCGGUGCCCAACAGCUACGACUCCCUGGAAGGCGGCAGCUACCCAGAGUUCUCCAAUCCACCAUCUGCCGACAUGCCCAAUCAGCCAGUAUAUCAGCAGAGGCCGGUCUCCAGGACAGACUCCUCCCCCUCACACGGCGGGUACAACCAAACUGGCUAUCAGCAUUUGCCACAGCCCUUCCCUAACAUGUCCCAGCUGUCUGCGGCCCUCGGGGGACUGAGCGGUGUACCAGAGCUGGAGGUGGAGGCGCUGCGGCCGGUCAACCUGCUGCAGGAGAGGAACCUGCUGCCCCACCAGCCCCUGGAUGCCCCAGAACCCAACCUCAGCGCUGACCUAAAGAAGGCCAACUGCAGCCCGGACACGUUCAGGUGUACCCUGACCAACAUCCCCCAGACCCAGGCCCUGCUGAAUAAAGCCCGGCUUCCCCUAGGCCUGCUCCUGCACCCCUUCAGAGACCUCGCACAACUCCCAGUGAUCACGUCCAACACCAUAGUGAGAUGUCGCUCCUGUCGCACCUACAUUAACCCCUUCGUCUCCUUCCUGGAUCAGAGGAGAUGGAAAUGCAAUCUCUGUUACAGGGUCAACGAUGUUCCUGAUGAGUUUAUGUAUAACCCAGUGACCCGCUCGUAUGGAGAGCCCCACAAGAGGCCAGAGGUACAGAACUCCACUGUGGAGUUCAUAGCCUCUUCAGAUUACAUGCUGCGUCCCCCUCAGCCUGCAGUGUACCUGUUUGUGCUGGAUGUGUCUCACAACGCGGUGGAGGGAGGCUACCUGAACGUCUUCUGUCACACCCUACUGGAAAACCUGGACAAGAUGCCUGGGGACACGCGCACCCGAGUUGGCUUCAUCACCUUCAACAGCACCAUCCACUUCUACAACCUCCACGAGAGCCUCUCACAGCCCCAGAUGUUGGUGGUCUCCGACAUCGACGAUAUCUUCAUUCCAACCCACGACAGUCUCCUGGUGAACCUGAAGGAAAGCAGAGCGCUGGUGAGGGUACUGUUGACCUCCCUACACAGCAUGUUUAGCCAGACCAGGGAGACCCACAGUGCCCUGGGCCCGGCACUGCAGGCUGCCUACAAACUCACGUCCCCCACGGGGGGGCGCGUCUCCGUGUUCCAGACCCAGCUACCCACGCUGGGCCCAGGCCUGUUACAGUCCCGGGAGGACCCCAACCAGAGGUCCAGUACCAAGGGGGUCCAACACCUGGGCCCAGCCACAGACUUCUACAAGAAGCUGGCCCUGGACUGUUCUGGCCAACAGAUAGGAGUGGACCUGUUCCUCCUCAGCUCCCAGUACUCUGACCUGGCCUCACUAGCCUGUAUGUCUAAGUUCUCAGCGGGCAGUAUCUUCUACUACCCCUCGUUGCACCACGUUCACAACCCGGCCCAGCUGGACAAGUUCCAGAAGGAUCUGGAGCGCUACCUCACCAGGAAGAUCGGCUUCGAGGCCGUUAUGAGGAUACGCUGCACCAAAGGCUUGUCCAUCCACACGUUCCACGGGAACUUCUUUGUACGCUCGACGGACCUGCUGUCCCUGGCCAACAUCAACCCAGACUCAGGCUUCGCCGUGCAGAUGUCUAUAGAGGAGAGCCUGGCCGACACCUCACUGGCCUGCUUCCAGUCUGCGCUGCUGUACACCUCCAGCAAAGGGAAGAGGCGGAUCAGGGUCCAUACUCUGUGUCUGCCAGUGGUGAGCCAGCUUAGUGAUGUAUAUGCCGGGGCUGACGUUCAGGCCAUCACCUGCCUCCUAGCCAACAUGGCCAUUGACCGGUCGAUAUCGUCAAGCCUGUCGGAUGCCCGGGAUGCCCUGGUGAAUGCGGUGGUGGACUCUCUGAGCGCAUACAAGAACACUGUAUCUAAUAUCCAGCAGUCUGGUCUUAUCGCCCCUGCAGCCCUGUGUCUCUUCCCCCUCUACGUGCUGGCACUACUCAAACAGAAAGCACUGCGCAUGGGGACCAGCACCAAGCUUGACGAGCGUGUCUUCGCCAUGUGUGAGUUCAAGAGCCAGCCGCUGCAACAGAUCAUGCGUGCGGUCCACCCCGACCUCUACCGCCUGGACACCAUGUCAGACCAGGGGGCUCUCCACCUGAACGACUGCAUAGUGCCCCAGCCUCAUCUGCUGCACCUCACGGCUGAGAAGCUGACCAGAGAAGGAGCGUUCCUCAUGGACUGUGGCAGCGUCUUUUACUUGUGGAUUGGGAAAUGCUGUAAUGAUGUGUUCAUUCGGGACAUGUUGGGAUGCCCAAACCAUGCUUCUAUACCCCCUAGCAUGACCCAAAUUCCUGAGCUGGAAACCCCUCUGUCUGAACGACUCCGUGCACUCCUCGCCUGGCUACAGGACUCGAGACCCUUCAGCUCAACUCUUCACGUCGUGAAGCUGCUGUGAGGAUCUGUUUCCUACCAAUGUCUAAGGACCAUAGGACAUUUCUUCACACCAAAAGGAAGUCUUAUGAACUCGAAGAGGCCGUUUUUGAGAAUUGUUUUAUUCCCGAAAGAAAGUCUUACAAAUUCAAAGAAGCUUUUAGAGCAUCAAAGGAAUUUCAAUAGACUGUACAUUUAUUCAGACUAUGCUCUCAUUCCUAUUUCACAUGCUCAUCCAUUUCAUUACUUCUCCCUAUAGGGAUGAUGCUACAGCGAAGACCAGCUUUUUCCAGCACUUGGUAGAGGACCGGUCGGAUUCGGCCCUCUCCUACUACGAGUUCCUGCUCCACAUUCAGCAACAGAUGUCCAAGUAGGACACAUUGAGCAGAAGGUCCCUUGAAUGUGGCACAUGACAAACUGAAAGCUCCCUCAGACUGACUGUAGUGAGGUAGUAGGACCACCGAUGGAGAACGCCACCACCCCAACCCCACCGAACCCCUAGCUCUCUGGUCAACCGUGGCCUAUGACUGUGGGAGGGGGAGGCUGGUGGAAUGACCAAAGUGAAGAUGACUUGGCGUUUUGGACUCACAGAGCAAGUUGUGCACUCUGAACAAGCUGCUGCUUCAACCAGCUCGAUGGCUUGAACCCUUCCCCCUGUCGUCUCUCAGCCGCUUUCGUAGCUCCACGUGGCAUCUCUCCCAAGAGAAAGCAAGGAGAGGCUGCUACUUCAUCUGAUUAAGUUGACUCUUCUCCGACACUCCCCCGCACGUUUUGGUAUCAUAGUUUAUCAUACAUCCUCCCCAUCCUUGUUCCAUUUUCUCUUAUUUUCAAACACAUUGACAUAAUAGUACAGCAUCCCCUCUGGUGGUUUGGAGCUGCAUCUUUCACCAUUGUGUUUGCUGCUGCUAGUCGGGUGAUUGGCUACCCUCUGCUUAACAGGAUGCUAGUCAAGUGUUUGAAGAUCCUGCCCCCACCCCCUGCUGUUCAAACCCUGUGUUGUCUAGAUUAAUCUGAAACCCCUGAACUUCCCCCUUCUUGUUUUUUGAGCCGCUACCAGAAGUUGCUGUCCACUUUGUAACUAUUGAAAAUAAUAUUUUAUGUGCGAUAAUUUAUGACGAGCUUAUUAAAUAAAAUGAAACAGUA